GUGAUAUUCAAAAUAAAAUGACGCGCCCAGCAGCACGCGCCAAUGCCAGCGGAGGGGGGCGUGUCCAACUAUUUUGUUACAAACACGAAUCCGGAGUAAGGAGUCUUUUUCCCGGGUCUCUCGGCUCUCACCAGAAUGAGUUCAUAAUGAAGCGGCGACUGGAGGAUCAGGAAACGGUUUUUGCAUCCCAGCAGCGGCGCCUAGCUGGCAACGCGGAGGCCUUCCAGCACCGCGUCCUCGCCCCCGCUCCUCCCCCAGCGGUGUAUGAGGCCGUGUCUGACAACAUGCAGCCCACAGCAGGCCCCCAGUACUCCGUCCCCCAGGCAUACCAGGUGUCUCUGCUCUCCCAGGUUUCUAACGUGGCCCAGAACAGCGGCGGGCAUUCGCACACCCCGAACCCCGCCAUCCACGUGGGGUCCCACCACCACGGCCCGGCAGUCCAGACCCUUGGGCCCUCGGUGAUGUCCGGGCACAGCCAUACAGCUGCUCCUCAGGCCUCCCCACAGGGCCAACAGUUCCAGAGGCUCAAGGUAGAAGAUGCUCUGUCUUACUUGGAUCAAGUGAAACUGCAGUUUGGCAACCACCCUCAGGUCUACAACGACUUUCUGGACAUAAUGAAAGAGUUCAAGUCUCAAAGCAUUGACACCCCCGGGGUCAUCAGCAGAGUGUCGCAGCUCUUCAAAGGUCACCCCGAGCUCAUUAUGGGCUUCAACACCUUCCUGCCACCUGGCUACAAGAUCGAGGUCCAGAGCGCCGACCUGGUCAACGUGACCACGCCCGGUCAGAUCCACCACAUCACCCCGCAUGGCAUUUCGGUCCAAAACAUCCCCAUAACGGGAGCGGCGACCCUUCAUCCGCCCCAGCUCCCGGCCACCACGGCCCUGCCCCCCCCGACGCAGCCCCCCCCUGCCAAGAUGAGCAAGCCUCUUCCGCCCCAGGCAUCGACGCCGAGCAGCCAGAGCAAUCCGUCCAUCCCCGCGUACACCUCCCCUCGCUCCCCGCCCAUGCUGCUCCUGCCGCCGCUCAGCGGGACCCCCACCGGGACCCCCACGGGGCCGCCCACGCAGAACAACCAGCCGGUGGAGUUCAACCACGCCAUCAACUACGUCAACAAGAUCAAGAACCGCUUCCAGGGCCAGCCCGACAUCUACAAAGCUUUCCUGGAGAUCCUCCACACGUACCAGAAGGAGCAGCGCAACGCCAAGGAGGCCGGUGGGAACUACACCCCGGCCCUGACGGAGCAGGAGGUGUACGCUCAGGUGGCUCGACUCUUCAAGAACCAGGAGGACCUGCUCUCAGAGUUUGGGCAAUUUCUCCCCGAUGCCAACAGUUCGGUGCUGCUGAGUAAGACCACAGCUGAGAAGGCCGAGUCGGUACGGAACGACCACGGCGGCACCGCCAAGAAGCUGCAGCUCAACAACAAACAGAGGCCCAAUCAGAACGGCUGCCAGAUCCGCCGUCAUCCGGCUCCCGGGACCACGGCCCCUGCCAAGAAGAAGCCCAAGUUAUUGAAUUUGAAAGACUCCUCCGGGCCGGAGGCCAGCAAGCAGGGCAUCGGAACAGAAUCUCUCUUCUUUGAGAAGGUGCGCAAAGCCUUGCGAAGUGCAGAAGUCUACAACAACUUCCUGCAAUGCCUGGUCAUCUUUAACCAGGAGGUGAUCUCCAGGGCGGAACUAGUUCAGCUGGUGUUGCCCUUUUUAGGGAAAUUCCCAGAGCUGUUCAACUGGUUCAAAAACUUCUUGGGAUAUCGGGAAAUGUCCCACGUCGAAGCGUACCCCAAGGAGAGGGCCACCGAGGGCAUCGCCAUGGAGAUAGACUACGCCUCCUGCAAGAGACUGGGUUCCAGUUACAGAGCUCUGCCCAAAAGCUACCAACAUCCCAAGUGCACCGGCAGAACUCCACUUUGUAAAGAGGUCUUAAAUGACACCUGGGUCUCCUUCCCCUCCUGGUCUGAGGACUCUACAUUUGUCAGCUCCAAGAAGACUCAGUACGAGGAGCAUAUCUACCGAUGCGAGGACGAGCGCUUUGAGUUGGACGUGGUACUGGAGACAAACCUGGCGACCAUCAGACUGCUGGAGACGGUACAGCGGAAGUUGUCCCGAAUGUCCGCGGAGGAGCAGGCCAAGUUCCGCUUGGACAACACGCUGGGCGGCUCUUCAGAGGUCGUGCACCGCAAGGCCAUCCAGAGGAUAUACGGAGACAAGGCGCCCGACAUCGUCGAUGGCCUGAAGAAGAACCCGGCGGUUUCUGUCCCCAUCGUGUUGAAGAGGUUAAAGACCAAGGAUGAAGAGUGGCGGGAAGCCCAGCGAGGCUUCAACAAGAUCUGGAGGGAGCAGAACGAGAAGUAUUACCUCAAGUCCCUCGACCACCAAGGCAUCAACUUCAAACAGAACGACACCAAAGUGCUUCGAUCCAAGUCGCUGCUGAAUGAAAUCGAAAGCAUCUACGAUGAGCGCCAGGAGCAGGCGUCCGAGGAGAACGCCGGCCCGCCCGCCGGCCCCCAGCUGACGCUGGCGCACGAGGACAGCCAGAUCCUGGAGGACGCGGCGGCGCUCAUCAUCCACCACGUCAAGCGGCAGACCGGCAUUCAGAAGGAAGACAAGUACAAGAUCAAACAGAUCAUCCACCACUUCAUCCCCGACAUGCUGUUCUCCCAGAGGGGCGAGCUCUCCGACGUGGAGGAGGAGGAGGAGGAGGAGCUGGAGGAGGAGCUGGAGGAGGAUGAGGAGACGCACCCGGAGGGAGGCGCGUCCAAAAAGCACAACGGCGUCCCCGGCGGCGGGAGCCCCUCCAAGUCCAAGCUGCUGUUCAGCAACACGGCGGCGCAGAAGCUGCGCGGCUGCGACGACGACGCAUACAACCUCUUCUACGUCAACAACAACUGGUACAUCUUCCUGCGGCUGCACCAGACGCUGUGCUCGCGCCUGCUGCGGCUGUACGGCCAGGCGGAGCGACAGAUCCAGGAGGAGGUCAAAGAACGGGACUGGGAGAGGGAGGUCCUGGGACUGAAGAAGGAGAAGAGCGACAAUCCGGCCACCCAGCUGCGACUGAAGGAGCCCAUGGACAUCGAGGUGGAGGAUUACUACUCGGCCUUCUUGGAGAUGGUUAGGAAUUUGCUGGAUGGAAAUAUGGAGGCUUCCCAGUACGAAGACUCCCUGAGGGAAAUGUUCACCAUUCACGCUUACACGGCCUUCACAAUGGACAAGCUCAUCCAGAGCAUCGUCCGGCAGCUCCAGCACAUCGUGAGUGACGAGAUCUGCAUCCAGGUAACGGACCUCUACCUCUCGGAGAGCGCCAGCGGCGCCAACGGAGGGACGGCGUCCACCCAGUCCUCACGGAGCCCCGCCGAGGCCACGUAUCAGCGGAGAGCCGAGCAGCUCAUGUCGGAUGAGAACUGCUUCAAGGUGAUGUUUUCGAGGAGCAGGUCGCAGGUGCAGCUCACCGUGGAGCUUCUGGACACCGAGGAGGAGAACUCAGACGAGCCCAUGGAGGCCGAGCGCUGGUCGGAUUAUGUCGGACGCUACUUGAACCCAGAUUCCACCACACCCGAGUUGAGGGAGCACCUCGCUCAGAAGCCCGUUUUUCUUCCCAGGAAUCUGAGACGGAUCCGGAAGUACCAGAAGGGCUGCGAGCAGCUGGACAAAGAGGCGCUGGAGGGCGGCAAGAAAUCCCUGGAGAAGGAGAAGAUGGAGUGCAUGUUCAAACUCAACUCCUACAAGAUGGUGUACGUCUUUAAGUCUGAGGAUUACAUGUACAGACGCACCGCCCUGCUGCGAGCUCACCAGUCACACGAGCGGGUGAGCACGCGGCUGCACAGGCGCUUCCAGGCCUGGGUGGACACGUGGGCCCAGGAGCACGUGACCGGCGACAUGGCCGCCGAAACCGACAAGUGGCUGAUGGGCGACGCGCGUGAAGGCCUGCUGCCCUGCUCCACCAGCCGCCAGCCGGAGGUCCUGCACUUCGUCAACAUCAACAAGUACCGCGUCAAGUACGGCCCGCCCGGCAAGGCGCCGUAGCCGAGGGGGGGGGUUUCGACCCGGGAGGGAGGUUGACGUGUCUGAAGUCGAAACAGGUUCGGGAGUGGAGGUCGGGGACGAGGGCUUAUUAAUGUGUUUUUAGGGUCGACGUGGGAGCACAGUUAAGCUGGCUGCCGUGUACGUUGCACCCGGGGCGGCAGGAUUACUGAUUUUACCAGCGUUUUUAGCUGGGCCCAAUUUUUUCCGCUGGGCCUUUGGUGCCAAAACGAAUAUGAAUUGUCACUACCUAGUCGCAGGCCGGAGCUCGUACCAGCACUCUGAGCCGCUCCUCACAUCCCCCGAGCUUCUAGCCGGCUGCCAAGUACACGAUGGGCACAUCGGAGGUGGAGUGGUGCUUUUUUUUGUACUUUUGUCACAACCGAGCUUCGGUUUUGAUUUCUUUCAAGUGACAGAUUUUGUCCGUCAGAGUACGAAGCCCCACCGAGGUGAAACAAUCAUACAGGGAUUUCUUUUAUGUUUAGUGUUCUUCUACAGUAUCCGUGGAGAAACAAUAUGGUGGACAAGUGCACUUAUUUAGAAAGGGUUUGGAGGGUUUUGGAUGGGAGCACAACAGAGCGUGAGAGAUGUGACUCUGACAUUCCUGCCAUUACGUUCGUAUCACAAGACGCAACGAGGCUCACUCUUCCUCCUCGGAAACACACGGCAGCAUUAUUAGAAUCGGUGCCUGAGCCUCAAACUGGGCGGUCGGGUUUACGUGAAACAGCACUGUUACAAAAGCUAAAAUAAUAAUAAUAAUCACAACCUCACAACACUGUUUGGUCUCAGACUGUAAGGUUGUAACCUUCCUGUAUGUCAGAUACUGACGUGUAUUCCAGUAUGUCUUGUAUGUGUAUAUAUCUAUAUAGAUAUAUAUAUGUAUAGUUCUAUUAACACGAAUGAUCCUCGCCGCCCUGGAUGUCAACCUUUUUAAAAUGCCCUCUGCCAACACACCAGCUUGUACGCGCACACACACACACGCGCUGGUCUCAUUCUGGGAGGACUGUCCACAUGCCGCUCAUGUUGUAAAUACACUGUAUAUAGUCUCAGACUUUUUAUGACAGAUCUGUGUUGUGCUAGUAAACUUUCCAAGCUUACUGUGGACUUUAGUGAUGGAUGACUAAAGUUAGUAUGUACAUGAAAAAGACAAAUGCAAGACCAUUUAUUACAGUUUUUACCAAAGGGAGUUGUUUAUGAAAUAGCUGUUUUUUUUCACCCUUUGUGUGUUCCUUUAUGUAUUUACUUUUUAAUUUCUGUAGUAAAAAAUGUGGAAUAGUAGAAAUGUAUCCAGGUCUUUCAGUUUUUAAACUGCAAAUAACAUGUUUUCUUCUGAAUGUGAGAUUUGGCUGGUUAAAAAAAAAAAAAAAGAAGAAGAAACCCCCCCCCUCUCCCAUUUGACAACCAAGAGCGUCCGUGAUGAUGCGGGGAUUAUUUAAUCUCAUCACGUGAAUAGACUGGAUAGAUUUCUGCUGCAAACGUUCAGCCACAGCAUAUUUUUGAUAAUGGAAGAAGUCACACGAGCAUGUCUUUAGUCCAUUUAUUUAGACGUUAUUUAAAGUAAUAAUAAAAAUGAUAUUUGUAGCCUAUGGA